AAUCGAACACGCCAAGGGGCGGCGCAACAUCCCACACCAAACCCCAAACCGUGCUUUUUUCUCUGCAACACAUUCUUCCGAGUUCUUUGCUUGUGCGCGCGCUGUUGAUGUUGUUGAUCCCUGAAGUUUGAUGAAUCAUCUCCAUUUACCAGCUAGGCUAUAUGAGGAAGAUUACCCAUCUGGUUUGGUGGUUUGGAUUAGGAGAAAUCUAUGGGGUCUGUUGUUUGAGUAUGGUUUCCUAGUUUGUUGAAUUUUUUUUAGUGGGUGCCUUUAUUCAGUUACUGGGUUUCAUGGGUAGAGAUGAAAUUAUGGUAAUUUUUUUUAUUCCUGAAAUUAUGGAAAUUUAGCCAGAAAUUUAGGUUUUAAGUAUUGUUUUUUUAUUAAUUUUUUUACUUGUGAAUAUGAUUGUUUCUGUAAUUUUUGUAGAGAAAAAAUUAUGGUCUUAGCUACUCACUCACUUCCAGUCUAGGUAUGA